UAAAAAAAAAAUUUCGACGCAAGUAAAUAUUUUUCCUUUUACCAGUGUUAUUUCGAUAAAUAACUUAUUUUAUUUAUAAUCAUGGGUUUUGAAAAAUCGUGAAAUUAUGUUAUAACAGUUAGCUAUGGCGUAAGAACGUACAUUUUGCCGUUGAGCUGAGGUAUUCAGGCUGUCAGAAUGGGUGUGUGCUGCGUCGACGGCUGUGAAUCUGAUGAUGAAGAUGUCACUUACUUCCCGUUUCCAAUUAAGCCAGCGCUCAGGAGGCAGUGGCGCGAUGCCAUCAAGCCUUCGGUCAAGUUGCACAUCGACAGUAAAGUGUGCAGCCGCCACUUCCCCGAGACUGACUACGAGAGAGUGAGAGGGAAACUGAGGCUGAAGCGAGGACGGGUGCCUAGUAUAUUGCAUCCUGGAGAGAAAAACCAUGAAAAGCCUCCUGAAGUGAAUGGCACCGAUGCUGCUUCACACUCACCCACCAGUCCACAGUCCCCAGACCCACAGACCUCAGAAGACCCACAAGUUCCAGACCCACAGGCGUCUGAAAACCCACAGGCCUCAGAUGACCCAGCAAGUAUAGACCUCUCCAAAGUACCUCUAACUAGAGAUGAGUAUAGAAUACCCGAGUUUGGUCUUACGGAGUUCGAAUCCGGUGACGACAGCGCAGAGAAUUGUACUGUAGAAUGCGUUCCAGAAGCCGUACUGCACGAAGAGAGCGACUCCAAUUCCGAGACCGAACUCCAUAAAGAGGACAUCGAAGACAUCAUUGCCAACUAUCACAUCAAACAGAACAAGGAACUGGCCGAUCGCCUGAAGCCAUGCGACGCGGAAAUACCAAAAGAAAACCAAGCGGAAAAACCUAAAAGUGAUACAGGCAACGCAAAAAGUGAUACGGGCAACGGAAAAAGUGAUGUGGGUGACGGAAAAAGUGAUGUGGGUGACGGACAAAGUGAUGUGGGUAACGGAAAAAGUGAUGUGAGUAACGGAAAAAGCGAUGUGGGUAACGGAGAGGAGAAUCGUGAAGUGAAUAAAGUGACAGAUAAAACAAUAGAGGACGAUGAUGUGACGUGUAUAGAAAUUGAGGUGGAAUCCAUACCAGCGAGGAGAGAGCCGGUGUUUAUCGAAAUUUCUGUCGAUGCUGCGAACACGAGGUCAGGCCGCAGCAGUCCGCGUGAUGACUGCAUGAUGGUGUUAGAAAAUGUGGAGUGUGAUAUCGACCCCGCCGCGCUGAUGCUGGGCAGAGAAGGAGAUGACGACAGGAGAGAGGAACCGAUCAGCCUGCUGACAUCAAGUGAUGACGAUGAAGUGAUACUGCAGGAGCCGCACAUCGACACCGUCGAAGUGUCGGACGAGACAGACGAAGAUGACGUGCCUCUAGUCAAACUGGUCAGCCCUAAGUCAGAAUCUGACAAGAAUCUGACCAAGAUCCUAUGGGGAAGUCUUUACGAAUACUACUGCUUCCAAUGCAACUUCAAAACUACGAGGCGAAGUGACUUCAAAAAGCACAAAGCUGAACACUCUACUGUAAUACAGAUGUGUGAAGUGUGUAACUACACUUCACCGAGCAAAACACAGUUUGAGAAGCACAAAAAGAAACAUAAAGACGAGAAAAGGUAUAAAUGUCACUUGUGCGAAUACAAAGCUAAACAUAACAUGUCUUUAAUGUACCAUUUGAAGUCCCACGAGGGUGUCACCAUAGAAGCGAUACGGUUCAAGGAGAAUUUAGCUAGGAAAAUGAAAUAUGCGUACAAAUGCAGCAAGUGUAGGUUUUAUACUAACGUCAAGAGGGAAAUGUUGAGUCAUGUGAAAGGUUGUAGCACGAAAAUGUACGGGUGUGAUAAAUGUUCUUACCAGACUAAGAGGAAAUCGGACUUAAGAAGACAUAAGGCGCGAAGACACGUCGACAUAAGCGAUGAUGAUGAAGAAUACAUACCUUAAUGGGAGGUUUUCUUUUUUGAAUGAAAAAAAAAUGUUUUUUGAAUGAAAAAGAAAAAUAGUUCUCAGGAACCCGUUAGAUGGCGCAUAUCAACUACGUUAGGUCGUAUUGUGUCAACAAAAUGGCUGACCUACAAUGAUUUGCCGCCAUUUCUGUGUGAUUUUUUUUUAAGACAUUGUAAAUAGAUUUAUUUAAUAAAUUACCGAUGCCGAUUCCACCAAACCAGUCCUAAUUUUAUUUUAAGUUAUACAUGUAAUUUUCUUACAUUGUUUUAAGUUUACACGGUUAUUAUCAUAAUUAAAACACAUAAUAACGGGUUCUUACCGCGUUUAAAAUAGGGAUAUGAGACUCCCGAUAUUUCGACACUGUUGCAAGUGCCAUGAUCACGGGAUGACUGAUGAGAUUGGAGUGGAGUAGGUAGAUCCAUAAUUUUAAACGCGGUAAGAACCCGUUAUUAUGUGUUUUAAUUAUCUGUGUGUCUGUGUGUGUUUUUUUAUUAUUUCUUAUCUGUCAAAAAUAAGAUGGACCCCAUUUGUAAAGCAAUAAAUGCCGGGAAUAUUCCGAGGCAGUCAAUUUAAUUCUGUCGGAUUAUAUGCUAAUAAACGUAAUUUUGAACGGUUAUCUACCGACUAAACUGGUGUGGUAUGCCGCGUGGAUGUCUAUACUAUGUUAGUAUUAUAUGAUCUGUGAUACUAUACACCUCUGCCUAGCCCUUUUGGGAUACAGGCGUGAUGCUUUGUUAUGGUUGUAUAGAUUUCUGCCUAAAAUUGACGUGUUCCAUAGAUUUUAAGCCUGUCGAUCAUCUGUCCCUUUCUUUUUCGGCGUAUAAGAAAAUGACAGGUAUAACUUAAAAUAAAAUUAGGUGUCUGCAGGAAUCGGGGCCAAUGUAAGAUUAUGGUUGUAAGUAUUGAUUAAAAAAUAAUACGUUUA